AUGAGCCAGAGCAAGUUCCCCUGGCUUGGCUCCAACGUCCGUGAGACCGGUGGUCCUGCUCCGGAGAAGCCCCUGUUUCACAACACUAUGGACCACGAUACCUUUGACAUCCCUCUUCCGGACGGCGGCAGCGUCAAGGUUGGUGUCUUUGGUCUCUGCACGCCGGCCACGCCACAGCUCUCGCAGCCUGGGAAAAAUGUGAUCUUCGAGCAGCCGCACGAGCAUGCGGAUCGGUGCGUGAACGAGCUAAAGGGCAUGGGCUGCGAGUUCAUCAUCGCCUUGACUCAUCUGAGCCUGAUGAGUGACAAGCAGCUGGCAGAGUGGUGUCCUGGCAUCAACGUUAUCCUUGGAGGGCACGACCAUGAUCCGUUCUUGUUGGUCCAUCGAGGCGUGCUCAUCGCAAAGUGCGGCCAGAAUGCGGACCACCUCGGAGUGCUGGAUCUCUUUCUGCAGCGCAGCGGGGGGAAAGGAUCUCUAGAGAUCAACCACUCCUUUAAGUUCCUGACCACUUCGAUGGCUGCAGCGCACCCUUCAGUGCUGCAGGUGGUGGACAAGUGGCAGGCUUCCAAGACCGAUCAGGAGGACGAGGUGCUCUGCAUGAUCGGUGACGUGGAGCUGUCUUCGCGCACCAAUGAGUUGAGAACACGUGAGAAUGCUUUUGGCUGCCUGGUUGCAGAUGCAAUGCGCUGGACCUACCGGGAGCAAGGCUGCCAGGCGGCGAUCAUCAACGGCGGCUUCAUCCGCCAGGAUCGAUCGUAUCCAGCGCAUACGGCACUCACCAAGACGCACGUUAGCGAGGAGAUGCCCUUUACAAAGCGAGUAGCCUUGCUUCGGCUCACCGGACGCGCCUUGCGACAGGGUCUCGAGGAGAUGCUCCGGCCACCGCCGCCGACCUCCUCUUUCCCACAUGUCUCAGAGGGCCUGCACGUCGUCUACUCACCCAGCGCGCCAGCGCUCUCUCGCAUCCAGAAAUUGGAGAUGGACGGCAAAGAAGUCGACCCGGAUCUCGAGUACCUCAUCGCUGUGAGCGAGUUCUACAUCCUGGUCGCCGGCGACGGCGUCGAGACUUUCCACACAGCACCGGUGCAGCACAUGAAGGACUCGCUCAUCCGGGAACAUGUGGCUGCUUGUCCUGAAGGGUGGUCUCCAAUCAGCUUCGUUUCCUGA